AUGAACAACACCAUUUCCGCGGUCACCAUCACCUACACAGUAUACGGCCCGCCCGGUCCGUCCAAUCAGGCCUUUUUCUUGUUCCUCUUUGUGGUCUAUCUGUCUAUAUUGUGUGUUAACCUGUUUCUGGUGUUGGUUAUUUGGGUGGAGGAGAGCCUGCACAGACCCAUGUACAUCCUGCUGGUCAGCUUGGCCAUCAAUGGCGUGAUAGGCAGUUCCUCUGUCUGCCCAAAAAUCAUGGAGUUCCUUCUGGUGGACAAGCAGGAGAGCUCUCUGGGAGGCUGUUUGACACAGGUGUUUUUCAGCAACUUCUACGGCUGCUGUGUGUAUGCUGUGUUAGCCCUGAUGGCCUAUGACAGGUAUGUUUCUAUCUGUAAACCCCUGCAGUACCACUCCAUCAUGACGCCCAGCAGGCUCAGGUGGCUGCUGGUGGCGGCGUAUUUGGUUCCCAGCUCCAGUCUGGCGGUCCAGGUGUACUUGACAUCAAGAAUCCGGCUGUGCAAACACACCGUCGAGAAGCUUUUAUGUGACAACCUGGCAAUCGUGAAUCUGUCCUGCGAGAAAAGCAUUCUGGUCAACGUGUACGGCCUGUUUUUGAUCACCUGUCUGAUCGCCGUGCCUUUCCUCCUGGUUGUUCUGUCCUACAUCCACAUUCUGACAGUCAGCCUCAAAAUGUCAAAGGAGUCUCAGAAGAGAGCACUGCGCACCUGCACGCCUCACCUGAUCACCUUCAUCAAUUUCUCCACCACCUCUUUCUUUGCUGUGAUUUAUAAUCGUGUCAGUCUGGAUCUUCCACAAGCUGUGAACGUAUUCAUGUCCAUGAGUUUUGUUGUCUUUCCUCCUUUACUGCAUCCGAUAAUCUACGGGAUCAAGACGCAGGAGAUCCAGUGCAGCAUUCACAAGAUCAGGAGCAAAUUCAGACAGUUCUGA